AUGAGUAAACUGGAUAAUAACCAUCGAUAUCAUCCAUACUCUCGAGCAAAAAAUUAUAAUAAUAAUGAUAGACGAUAUGAUGAUGAUAACUAUAAACGUUCAUAUAAGAAAAAUAAUAAACAUCAUUAUCAUUACCAUGAUAAUAGAAAUUAUAAUGAUUUUUCUUAUCGACGUUCAUAUAGAAAUGAUUAUCGUUAUCAACCACCAAAAUCGAAAAUGAAAUCGAAAUCUUAUUCUUAUUUUUCUACACCACCACCACCAUUAAUGUCCACUGAAAUACCUCCAUUAUUACCUCCUAUUCUUUCACCAUCUUUGCCGCCUCCUCCUCCGUUACUUACUGCUAUACCACAUGAACGUGAAUCAUGGAUUCGUUCAGUAAAAAAGACUAAAACAAACGAAAGUACAGAACAGAAAACACAAUAUUUAGAAACAAUGCUUCGUAUGCCACAACAAAAAUCUUUAUUAAAUUCAACACGAUUUGAUCGAAUGCGUUUUGCUGAUAAUCAAUUGUCUACAGCUACAACGACAACAACAACAACAACUACUACUACUGAUUCAGUCCAUAAUGAUAGUUUUGAUGCUAAUUCUUUUCAUUUAAUUGGUGAUAUUAAAAAUUAUGAUGAUAUUCGUACUUUAGAGGAAAUUUUAUUUAAUGAUGAAUUUGUACAACAACAACUACAGAAUACAUCUGAAACAUGUUCUAAUCAUGAACUAUUACCAACAUCAUCACCAGAAGUUACUGAAUGUGAAUCUAUUCGUGAAGAACAUUCAGAAUCAAAACCUUGUUCAGGUUUUCUUAUUGAUGGUUGUGAUGAAGAAGAAGCUCCUCCACUAUCACCUCCACCACGACCGCCACUACUUCGUCCAUCUUCUGAAGAAUUAACACAAUUAAAUGAUGAAGAUAUUACUGAACAACGUGUCAUGUUAGUUAGUGAACUUGAUGCUGCUGAUGCUGAAAGAAAAGAAGAAUUAAAACGUCAAAAACGAUUGCAUCAAAAAUUACAAAAGAAACCGAAAGAAAAAAAACAAUCAAAAACUAAAAUAGAAAAUGAACAAGCAAUCAUAACUAGUACUAAUGAUAAACAAGAAUCUUUAUCGGAUUGGAUUAUUGAAUAUGAUACUAAUAGUAGUACUGAUCAAGUUUUACAAUUAACUAAUGAAGUUCGACGAACAUCGAUAGCAAUGAAUGAUGAAGAUAAAACAGCUAAAGUUAAUAUGAUAUUAAUGAAAAUAAAAAAACAACAGCAAGAAUUAAAUAAAUUAAGACAAUAUGUUAUGUCUAUGUUAGGUGAACAAGAAAAAUCUAAAUCAUCAAAAAUCAAUCGACAAAAUUCGAAUUUAACUCAUGAUCUACUUCUAGCUUUUCUUAAUCAAUCAAAUAAAUCUGGUUGUUGGUUAUGUUCAGGAAAAAUGUAUGCUGAAAUAGCUACGCAAUGUGAUCAUGAUAAUGAACAGUAA